AUGGCGGCGUCGUACGAUCAGCUGGCUCACCAGGUGGAGGCGCUGCGCCAAGAGAACUCCCACCUGCGGAGGGAGCUCAAGGACAACUGCCAACACCUGAGCAAACUGGAGACGGAGACGUUCAGUAUGAAGGAGGUGCUGAAGCAGCUUCAGUACAAACUGGAGCAGGAAGCUGUGACUCUGGCCUCGUCUGGAAGAAGCGACGUCCUUCAUCAGCUCAAAGAGCUGCACAUGGACCUGACAAAUUACUACGAGCUCAAGCACCAGCCUCACAACCUGCGCGCGAUGGGGGCGGGGCUAGAGCUGGGGGCGGGGUUUGGAGGGGCGGGGCUAGAGCUGGCCUUGCCCCCGCCACCCUCCUCCUCCUGCCCCGCCCUGUCGUCACGGAAACCCCCCGACGACGACCUCAUCCUGCCGCAUCACUUCCUGGACGGAGCCCCGCCCAAAAUCGCUCUGAUGGGAGGAGCCGACGGGAGGGCGAGCGAGCGCCUGGACGAGCUCUACAAGGAGAGGGACCUGCUCCUGGGGCAGAUGGAUCAGGAGGAGAGGGAGCGCUGCUGGUUCUUUUCUCAACUCGAGGCUCUGACCCAGAGACUGGCCCAGCUGCCACGAAUCGACACGUUCUCGCUGCAGAUGGACCAGAUCCGGCAGCAGUUGGAGUUCGAGGUGCAGCAGGUUCGAUCUGUGAUGGAGGAACGAUUUGGAACUCAAGACCAGAUGGUCCAACGCACCCAGCUCCGAGUGUCACGUCUGGAGCAGCUGGAGAGAGAACUGCAGGAGGCGCGAGGAGCCCAGGAGACGCAACUACAGUUGUCGGGAGCAGAGAGGCCUCCUGCUGGUGAACCGGAGAACAGCAGCUCUACAGCGGCAGCAGCUGAGGCCCCUGAUGGAGGAAGCAAGAUGGAGAUGGUCUUCUGGCUCCUUUCCAUGUUGGCGAAUCGGGACAAAGAGGAGAUGUCCCGCACUCUGUUGGCUCUGUCCAGCUCUCAGGACAGCUGCGUGGCCAUGAGGAAGUCCGGCUGCGUCCCUCUGUUAGUCCAGAUCCUGCACGAGUCCCAGACCGAGGCCAAGACCGCGGACAAGGCGUCCUGUAGCAGAGAGGCGCGCUCCAGAGCCGGCGCCGCUCUUCAUAACAUCAUCUUCUCCCAGAGCGACGAGGGGCAGGGCCGCAGGGAGAUGAGGGUCCUGCAGGUGCUGGAGCAGGUGCGGACGUACUGCGAGACCGGCUGGGACUGGAUCGAGAGCCACGCCCACACGCCGUCUCCCGGGGCAACCCUCUGCACAGAUGUUCCGGAGCCCGUGGACCCACAGAUCUGCCAGGCCGUCUGUGCCAUCAUGAAGCUGUCGUUCGAGGAAGAGUAUCGUCGCGCCAUGAACGAACUGGGCGGACUGCAGGUGGUGGCGGACCUGAUCCACCUGGAGAACGAGAUGUACGGGACACAGAACGACCCGAUAAACAUGGCUCUGAGACGCUACGCAGGGAUGACGCUAACCAACCUCACCUUCGGAGACGUCGUCAACAAGGCGACGCUGUGUUCUCGUAGGAGCUGUCUUCAGGCUCUGGUGGCUCAGCUGGGCUCAGACAGUGAGGAGCUGCACCAGGUCGUGUCGUCUGUGCUCAGAAACCUCUCGUGGCGAGCGGACAUCAGCAGCAAACGUGUGCUCCGAGACAUCCGCUGUGUGUCGGCCCUCAUGACCUGCGCGCUGCAGGCCACGAAGGAGUCGACCCUGAAGAGUUUGCUGAGCGCGCUGUGGAACCUGUCGGCUCACAGCAUCGAUAACAAAGCCGCCAUCUGCUCGGUGGAAGGAGCUCUGGGGUUCCUGGUGAGCACUCUGACGUAUCGCUGUCAGACCAACUCUCUGGCCAUCAUCGAGAGCGGAGGAGGGAUACUGCGCAACGUGUCCAGCCUCAUCGCCACGAGGGAGGACUACAGACAAGUCCUUCGUGACCACAGCUGCCUGCAGACUCUGCUCCAGCACCUGCGCUCUCACAGCCUGACCAUUGUCGGAAACGCAUGCGGAACACUCUGGAACCUCUCCGCUCGCAGCCCCAAAGACCAAGAGCUGCUCUGGGACAUGGGCGCGGUCAGCAUGCUCCGAAACCUCAUCCACUCCAAGCACAAGAUGAUCGCGAUGGGCAGCGCUGCAGCUCUGAGGAACCUACUCACCAACCGACCGCUCAAAUACAAGGAUACCGCCGUGGUGUCGCCCGGAUCGUGUAUGCCGUCUCUUUACAUGAGGAAACAGAAAGCUUUGGAGGCCGAACUUGACGCGAAACACUUAGCGGAGACUUUUGAUACGAUUGAAAAGCAAAGUCCGAAACAUUUAACCCUUAACAAACCGCUACGGCACAUUGAGAGUCUCGCUAAGGACUACGCUUCCGAUUCAGGCUGUUUCGACGACGACGAAGGGCCGAAUAUGUCCAGCAGUUUGGAGACAGGGAGCUUCUCAAUGCUGUCAAUGUUCCUUUCCAAUUCAAAUCUGAUCCAAAACCAAGCGCAAAAGCAAAACAACAAGCCAGAGAGAGAUAUGGAACCGCCACAAAAAAUACGCCAAAUCGCUCCCGCAGAAGACGACGUGUCAGCCGCGGCGGAGAAGUUAGCAAAGAAAAUCACGAAUACGGUCGCAAAAAUUGACAGAUUGGUAGAUGACAUCACCAUGCAUACGUCGUCAGAGGAUAGUCUGAGUCUGAGCUCUGAGGAUCACCUCGCAGACUGGCCCUACAGCAUGGAUGAGUUAAACGAAGGCAGAGCAAUGUCAUGUUCUCCGUGUCGUUUUUCAGAUACGAGCAGUUUGGUGCAAAGGGAUCGCUUAAGCCGUGCACAUGCGCUUUUACGACUCAAAGCAGCGCAUUCGAGCGUCUCCACGGACAGUCUGAACAGCGGUAGCAGCGAUGGAUAUUGUGGAAGUAAAGACCAGAUUCAAUCGGUGCCAAGGCCUGUGGUAAUUCAACAGCAAAGACCCAACCAACUCGAUCUGAAGUUAGCGCAUGAUCAGCUGCUAAACGUAAUCAAUGCUGUUCAAAAUGAAACAACCGAACAAGAAAUCCCAGAGAGAGAUACAAUGGGAAACGAAGAGAUAAAAACACAAGAUUUUAAUUUAACAGAAGCAGAGAAAAACCAAGAGCAGCCAGUUCAAACUCCAGUCAGCGCAUCAACGAAAAUGUCCUCAGACGUUAGCAUGACCUCCAUAAAGCUGUCCCCAUCGUAUCAACAAGUCCCGCUGAUCCAAAGUGUGGCUAAAUUUGGCGUUGCAAAAACUACCAUAAACGUACAAGCGGCUCAAGCCAUGCGCAGACAAGCCUGGGUGCCAACGGCCAUGACAGGGGGUAGUAUGACCAAGUUCUCCCCAAUGACGUCCACCAGAAGUCCAACGAUAGGCCCAAUGGAGACGGUUCAGAAAUACUCUGUUGAGAACACGCCCAUUUGCUUCUCACGUUGUAGUUCGCUGUCCUCCCUUUCGUCCGGAGAAGGGGAUGGCGUAGGAGCGCUGGACGUACAAAGCGAAAAUGAACUAGACAGCGACUCGUCAUUGGAAAUAAUUGAAGUUGAAGAUGGAGAGGUUGUCAAAAGAGAAGACGAAGAUGCGACUUUAGAGGAUUUGAGUGACAGCCAACUGCUUGUGACCGAUUCCAAAACGUUUUCAAGCAAAGAAACUGUUCCGAUCGCGAUUCCGUGUCCAGCGAAAAGGGAGAAAGUGUUCCUUCGUAGUGCACAAAAUACAAUACUCGAGGAUAGGUCUCCAUCGAGUUCGUCUGAAAAUUACAUCCACGAGACUCCGCUGGUGAUGAGCAGAUGCAGUUCUGUGAGUUCUUUGGGUAGUUUUGAAUCUCCCUCCAUCGCAAGUUCAAUUCAGAGCGAUCCUUGCAGUGAGAUGAUUGAUGGUACAAUAAGCCCGAGCGAUUUACCAGACAGUCCUGGCCAAACUAUGCCUCCAAGUCGCAGCAAGACGCCAUGUUACGGUGAGCAAAACGUGCCCGAAAUGCAGCCGAUGGGUCAAUGGGAAACUAGCAUAAGAAAGUUUAUGGAGAUCACAGAUUCGAAAGAAAGAUUUAACCCUUCAGAUCUCGAUGCAAUGAUUUACUUCACCGUGGAGAAACCGACCGAAAACUUCUCAUGCGCUUCAAGUUUGAGCGCUUUACCGUUGCAUGAACACUACAUUCAGAAAGACGUGGAGCUAAAGCUAACGCCACUACUUCAACAAAAUGAUAAAAACGUUUGCUACGAAGAUGAUGACCCAGGACAAAAUGAGCGAUACAGUGAAGGAAACUCAGACGACGAUAUCGAAAUAUUAAAAGAAUGCAUCAACUCAGCAAUGCCAUCCAGGUUUAGAAAGUUAAGACCCUCUCUGAUGACCGUUCCACCGCACAUGCUCAACCCGCAGAUGAGAAAACAGAUGCAACUUCCUGUUUACAUGCUGUCAAACGGAAAAACACAAAUCUAUCACGGGAGACGCAUUGUAAUGCCGCAAAAAGACAAAUGUGAAGAUUCCGAUUCGGCUGAAAACACGGCUGUGAAUUUCUCAAGCACGACUUCACUCAGCGACGAAACUCUGCAGUAUUCUGUGAAAGAGAGAGGCGCCAAAGAGUGCACGGCUAAAGGUCUGAAGCAAGAACCCAUGGACGAUGAUGCAAAACGAAUCGAAGACUUAAGAAUUUUCUCGCAUUUUCAUAAACCAAACAGGCCGACUUACCAACCCGACAUACAGCUUACGAGAAUGAGCAAACAUGUGGUGCCAACGCAAAGGGUUCUGAUGCAAAGUAAAGAGGUAGCAGAUAGAGUGGCUAGCCAACGCAACCUGUCGCCGAUUCAGCAAAGAAAAAUGCAAGUUCGAAAGAUGGAACUUCCUGUUAUCAAACACAACUCUGAAAGUAAUUUGAAUUUGCACUGCCAAAGUGAACGCACAUACCACCAUAAACGAAAUUCCUCUGAGGAUAGUAACAGCUUUUACGACGACAAAGAACUAGCAAAGCGACCAACGAGAAAACAGUUGAGGGAAGCGAGUAGGAACACGCUGUCUAAGAGUAUGACCAAUAUCGGACGCAUUGAAAAUUCCCAAAAAGCGAGAGGUUUUCAUCGGAUUAAACAGAACCUUAUCAAAGACGAGUCAGUUGGAUGCUACUCUCUCAGCUCAUCGCUUAGCUCUCUUAGCGACGCAGAGUUUGAUGACCACAAAGCCAAAGCACAGCAAGUGUGGUUUAAAAAUAGACACAACAAAAGCAUGAGUCAGCACAAUAAGUCAAUGCUAAUACACAGCCCGUACGAGGAACAGAGCUCACCCAGUUCUGUCAGUUUGGAUUCGGAGGACGAUUUGCUGCAAAGAUGCAUCACCUCCGCUAUGCCAAAGCAGCGGCGCAAAAUGUCCGCCAGGAAGAAGAAGGCGGAGAAGCAGAAGCAGAGGUCCGUGGAUGUGUGGAGCAUUGACGAGGAGCUAGACAGUGACGAUAUGGCUUGGGACAAAGAAUCCGAUUUGAACAGCGUGGAAUGGAGGGCGAUACAGGAAGGAGCGAAUUCGGUUGUGACGGGGCUCCAAGCGUCGAAAUCGCAAGAGCCGUCGUCAGAGGAAACAGAGUCGGUGCUUUCGUUUAUGUCCACGUCGAGUUUCACGCCCAAAGAAAGGAAAUUUGCGAAAGAAAAGAAGCCAAACAAACCACUUGAUUUCGCUCAACGUAAACCGGUGGCGAAUCUCCCGGUGGUGUUCCGAGGCAGAACCGUGAUCUAUACGCCCAAAAAGGAAGAUCCCCCAUCGCAAAUACCACCUCCAAGGAAAAACGAAUCAGACGCACCCAAAAACCCAGAACUAGCUCAGCACCGGUCUAAAAGUUUACACAGACUGGGUAGACCUCAGGAUACGGAGUGGUCAUUGCCGAAACGGAGCUCAACUCCACCGCCAAGAAUUCCGAAAAGUUCCUCUUCCGGAUCUUCCUCGAGCUCCACGCCCUCCAAAACACCACAGAAAAAGAUCACGUCACCAAUUCAGACGAAUAAACCGAUUCAAAAGAAGAACUCGUCGCCCAGCAUUAGUCCUCCCGCCACGAGCCCGCCAGAAAGAAGGGGGCGCUCUCCUGUCAUGAACCAAAAUGAAAAGUCGCCACCGCCCAAAACGCAAAAAUCACCUGUUCGUAUUCCAUUCAUGACAGCAGGAAGGCAGCCACGCCCACUUUCUCCACUGGUGACCAAUCAGACAAUAAGACAGAAUAAUAAUAAUAAUAAUCAAAUGAGCACAAGGAGGCCUCCCAAUCGGUUUGAUCUGAUGAGGAUGACAUCGGGCCAUUCCAGCAGCGGAGAAUCAGACAGAAAUGGGUUCAUGAGGCAGCUAACGUUUAUCAAAGAUUCAAAAACGGGAAUAAGGCGAGACGGAUCUGGUAGGAACACCCCUGGUUCUCAAAAUGGCUCCCCUCGGAGGGCCGUACCAGCGACCGCCGUGUUCCUCUGCUCAUCGCGAUGCCAGGAGCUAAAAGUGGCAGUGCAGCCUCCGAAAAGAGUUCAGACGAAGACUAACCAAGCUCCACCCAAAGAGCCGCAAGUCCCGAAACAAAACGCAACAAUUGAGAGGAAACCAGUGAAUUCUCGAGCGAUUUCAAGCGAAAGAGAUGUCGCGACAAGACGUCCAGCGCGAAGAACCAGCUCUGAAAGUCCAGGCCGAGCGGUGCAACGCAACACCUCAAACCGAGUGAACAACAAUCGCGCAAAACAACAACAAGAAACUGACACGUUUAAAAGACACGCUUCAUCUCCGAGUAUUAACCUCCUGAGCCGUGUCACCAGCCGAUCCUCACUGCGGUCCUCCUCCUCCGACUCCAGCGGUCGAGCCAAGAGCGAACGCGAUGAUACUAAAAAGAAAGGAAGCAAAUCGCGUAAAAACGACGGCAGAGUUACGUGGCGGCGGAUUCGCGACGAAGACGUGCCGCAGAUUUUGAAAAGCACGCUGCCCGAAAACGCUUUACCGCUGGUGCCUUCCCCCAUCGAGGAAAAGGCGAAGCUCCCAACGCUCGGAGGUCUACCGGGGAAGCUACCGACGAUUUUACUGGAAUCGAGGAAAAUGAGCGACGCCACUGUGCAAACGGAAGACGACGGUCACAACGGUCACAAAACCAACUCGUGCACUUCGCCGAUGGUCGACAAAACUCCCAAAAACUCGGAAGAUAAAUUCAACAAGAACGACGGGGAUUUUGAAGGUCCGCAAACGCAAGGAGUGGUGCAUUUUCGGCAAGGAUCUCCGAGCAAAUCCGCCAGAGUGACGCCGUUUAACUACGUCCCGAGUCCGAUCGCGGUACAUGAAACAAUCAGCGAGAAAACCGAGGAGAAGACGGAAUCGUAGGACUUUAAAUGAGCACAAAAAACGACUGCUGCUCCCUAUACCUCAGAUAUUUCACCCAUUUCCCCGCUUUCCCGUUCUGAAACUGUCACGUGUUCUAGCUUCCAGUCUACAUACACAGUUGGAUGUAUGCUUUAUGAACUUUACAGAAGAUGCACUUCGGAAACACAGCGAAUGCAUCGGUUUUUUGUACCUUUUUUUGUAUUUGUAGAUUUAGCCAUCGCUUGGUAGAAACGUAGUGAAACGUACAGCCUAAGACAAUGAUUUCACGCUCAUCACUGCACGGCUUGAAGUUAAAAUCACUUGAAUUCAGAAUCG